GCGGGGGCUGCAUUACAGAGCGGAUCGCCCCGAGAAUCAUGGGCGGCAUGAAGGUGGCGCCGGACCUGCUUUUAUCCUGCGUCGCCCGCAACGGCGGCGAGUGGCGGUCGGAGAGCGACGAGACCGUCGAGUGGCACGGCGAGACGAUGACCGUGUCGCCCGUGCUGUCGAGCAAGCUCCAGAGCGGCAAGGGCGUCUGCUGCGAGGCGACGCUCAACGGCGCGACGACGUGCUGGGAGCUCGUGUCCGGGUCCUGGGCCAAGUUCGGGGCCCGCCGCGCCUGCGGCAUGCGCGAGCUGGUCAAGCGCGAGUUCGAGUCCGUCAACGGCAAGCAGCUCGAGAAGCAGACGCUCGCGCCGACGCUCACCUGGACGACGUACGCGGAGCUCGGCGCCAAGGUCGACGCGCUGGCGUCGGGCCUCGUCGCCAAGGCCGGGCUCGCCGCGGGCGACCGCGUCCUGAUCUUCGCGGAGACGCAGCGCGACUGGAUGGUCUCCGCGUUCGCCGCGUGGCGCCAGGGCGCGACCGUCGUCACGUCCUACGCGACGCUCGGCGCCGAGGGCGUCGCGACGGCCCUCGACGAGACGGGCGCGACGGUCUGCGUCUGCGACGCCAAGCUCUGGAAGACGCUCAUGGCCGCGACGACCCGGGCCCGGCGAUGCAAACUCAAGGUCGUCGCGCCGAUCACGACGGAGGCGGGCUUCAUCGACGACAAGGCCCUGCCGCCCGGCGUCGUCCUCGCCCCGCUGCCGGAGCUCGUCGCCCUCGGGUCCGCGUCGACCGUCGCCGCGACGCCGCCGGUCGCGUCGGACGUCGCCGUCAUCAUGUACACGAGCGGCACGACGGGCAAGUCCAAGGGCGUCGUCAUCCCCCACUCCAUGGUCGUCGCCUGCUGCGCGUCGGGCAAGGAGGCCAUGCCCUUCGUCAACGAGACCACGGUCUUCAUCGCCUACCUGCCCCUCGCGCACAUCUUCGAGCUCUUCGUCGAGGUCCACAUGUACGCGAUGGGCGCGCAGGUGGGCUACGGCAACCCGCACACGCUGACGCCGUCGGGCGUGAAGCUCAAGCAGACCACACCGAAGCAGGCCGGCGACGCCAUGGUCGUCCGGCCCACGCUCAUGAUCUUCGCGCCGGCCGUGCUCGACAAGGUCUACGUCGGCGUCAAGGCCAAGUUCAAGAGCGGCCUCAAGAAGGCACUCUUCGCGGGCGCGCUGAAGGCGGGCUACGCCAAGUACGACAAGGGCGGUUGCGGCACGGACGGCUGCGUUAACAACAUCAUCUGCAAGAAGAUCCAGCAGCUGCUCGGCGGGCGCCUCGAGGUCGCGAUCACGGGCUCCGCGCCGCUCUCCGCGGAGAUCCAGAGGUUCUGCCAGGCGGUCUUCAAUUGCCCCGUGCGCCAGGGCUACGGCCUCACGGAGUCCUGCGCCGCGUCGUGCAUCGGCCUCAUCGACGACAACGCGACGAACGUCGUCGGCCCGCCGACGCCGGGCGUCUGCGUCCGCCUCCGCGACUGGCCCGAGGGCGGCUACACGAACGCCGACGCCAAGGACCCGGCCUUCGGCGCGCGGCGCGGCGAGGUGCUCCUCGGCGGGCCGACCAUCGCCCGGGGCUACUUCGUCGACCCGGAGAACCCGGACCCGGAGCUCGCGAAGAAGAACGCGGAGGAUUUCGUCGACAUCGACGGGAUCACCUACUUUUGCACGGGCGACGUCGGCACGGUGCUCGAGGGGUCCGGCGCGCUGCGCAUCGUCGACCGGAAGAAGGACCUCUUCAAGGGCGGCACGGGCGAGUACGUCGCGCUCUCCAAGGUCGAGUCCGCGCUGAAGACGUCGCCCUACGUCGAGGUGCCCAUCGUCGUCGGCCGCCAGGGCGCGGACCGCGUCGUCGCGCUCGUCCAGCCCCAGCGGCCGCCGUUGGUCGCCCUGGCCAAGUCCCUGGGCAUCGCGAGCGCCGACGCCGCCGCGCUCUGCCGCGAGCCCAAGGUCGUCGCGGCCGUCUACGCGUCCUGCGUCGGCGAGUGCAAGACCGCGAAGCUCGGCACCUUCGAGACGCCCGCGGGCAUCGCCCUCGUCGUCGACGGCGGCGAUUCCGGGCCCGCCUUCACGCCGGAGAACGGCAUGCUCACGGACACGAUGAAGCCGAAGCGGCCGCUCAUCAACGCGACCUACGCCAAGGACAUCGACGCGGCCUACGCGGCCGUCGCCCAGACCUGCUAGGCGCGCCGCGACCUAUAGCGCGUUACUUCGCGGCGAC